AUGUUUUCUGCUGAUCUUAUAGACGAGAAUGUUUGGUUAGGCAACAUUGAUGCCUCGGAAAAUAAACUGGCACUUGAUGCACUUUCAAUCACUCACAUUCUGACCGUACUUGAUUAUGAGCCAUCUUUUGGUCCAGAUAAGAAACGAAUUAUAAAAUAUGUUAAAGCGGAUGAUAUGGAACAAUUUGAUUUAUUAUCCGAAUUUGAUUCAUGCUAUGAAUUUAUUGAUAAUGCUGUUAAAAACAAUUUCAAGGUUUUAAUUCAUUGUCAUGCAGGAAUGUCGAGAAGUGCAACUAUCGCAGCAAUGUAUCUUAUGAAGAAAUACAAUCUAACUCAUCACGAAGCAAUUCGCAGAUUAAGUGAAAGACGUCGUUGUGUGUCACCGAAUGAUGGUUUUUUAUCCCAACUACAAUUAUUUUAUCACAUGAAUUAUAGACUAGAUAAAACACAUUCGCUGUAUAGAGAAUUUCAAUUAGAACGUUUGAGAAUGGACUAUAUUGAUUAUGAUCCAACGGUACAAGCUGAAGAGAAACAAACUACAUUAAAAAAAUUUCGUGACUAUUUUCCGAUUAAUAAAGAAAAACAAUCGUUGACAGAAGUUGAAUAUAAAUGUAAAAAAUGUCGUACGAUCUUGUUCACUGACAAAGAUUUGGUUUAUCAUCGACCGGGUAGUGGAAAAUUUGACUGGUUCACAAAAAUGUCUUCCUAUAAACAAAAACAAAAUGAAUUAGAUGCAGCAAAAACGGAUACAAACGUUUGUCAACAAGAAUUAUUUACAUCUUAUCUUGAUUGGUUACUUGAUGUAUUUAGUGCAAAUGAUGGCGACAUUGAAUGUUUAAAAUGUAAAACAAAAGUUGGACGUUAUUCUCUCGUUGGAGAAAAAUGCACAUGUGCUAAAUGGGUUUCACCAGCAUUCCAUUUUCAUCGUGGAAAAAUUGAUCAGCAUCAAGCGAGAAAUAAUGAUUUAGAAAAAUUAUUAUUACAACGCACUCCACAACAAAAUCAUACUAUAACUGUAGUCGAAAAGCCGUUAGAAGUUGACAUUAUACAAAGAACAGAGGUGAAUGAAGAUAUUAAUACAAAUAGUGCUAUUUAA